AUGGGCUCCGAAAAGAUCCUCCCUCAAGAGGGCAAGCGAAACAUCCUCGUAACGUCUGCACUGCCCUAUGUCAACAAUGUGCCUCAUCUGGGCAACAUUGUCGGGAGCGUUCUCAGUGCCGAUGUCUUUUCCAGGUACAAUAAAGCCCGUGGACGACCAACUCUCUUCGUCUGCGGCACGGACGAGUACGGCACCGCCACAGAGACCAAGGCGCUUGAGGAGGGAGUCACUCCAGAAGAGCUUUGCGCAAAAUACAACAAAAUCCAUACAGAAAUCUACGAAUGGUUCGAGUUGGGUUUCGACAUCUUUGGCCGCACCCCCACCAGACAACACACCGAGAUCUCCCAAGAUAUAUUCUUGAAACUCCACGCAAAUGGACAUCUGACCGAACACAUCAACAGACAACCGUUCUGCGAAAAGCAUGGAAAAUUCUUGGCUGAUCGAUUUGUCGAAGGCACGUGCCCCAAGUGCGGUUACGACGAUGCUCGCGGCGAUCAGUGCGACAAAUGUGGGAGCCUCUUAGAUCCAUUGGACUUGAUCAAUCCUCGCUGCAAAGUGGAUGGGGCAACUCCGGUGACGAGGGAGACCAAACAUACCUACCUGCGGCUCGACGAGCUGCAACCCCGGAUUGAAGAGUUUUCCAAAGGAUCAAUUGAGAAGGGUCGGUGGUCGCGCAGUGCGAAAGUCAUCACCGAGUCAUGGCUGAAACAAGGUCUGAAAGAGCGAGGCAUCACUCGAGAUCUAGCUUGGGGUGUGCCUGUGCCUCUGCCCGGCUACGAGCACAAGGUGUUCUAUGUCUGGUUCGAGGCCUGUAUUGGGUAUCCAUCCAUCACCGCCAACUACACGGAGGAGUGGGAAAAGUGGUGGAAGAAUCCGGAACAAGUCCAACUAUACCAGUUUAUGGGCAAAGACAACGUACCCUUCCAUUCUGUUGUGUUCCCUGGAUGUCAGAUGGGGACUGGGGAGGCCUGGACCAUGCUGCACCACCUUUCAUCCACAGAAUACCUCAAUUACGAGAACGGAAAAUUCAGUAAGAGCCGUGGCAUCGGUGUUUUUGGGAACAACGCAAAGGAGACCGGCGUACCUGCCGAUGUCUGGCGAUAUUAUCUCCUUAAGAACCGGCCAGAAUCCGGCGACACGCAGUUUGAAUGGCGGUCAUUCAUCGACGGCAACAACUCGGAACUGCUUGCUAAACUUGGGAAUUUUGUCAACAGAGUCAUCAAGCUGGUCAAUUCCCCUAAAGCCUAUUCUGGCAUCAUACCAGAAUUCGAUCCCAACAAUCUUCCUUCGUCAUUCAAGGUACACCUGGAUGAGGUCACUGAGCUUCUCCAGCAAUAUCUUGCCGAAAUGGAGGCGGUGCACCUACGUAACGGACUUAUCGUGGCCAUGAAGAUUGCAGAAGCUGGGAAUGGCUUGAUCCAGGCCCACCGUCUGGACAAUUCACUCAUUGCGAGCGACCCCAGUCUUGCUGCUGCAGUCGUCGGAACUGUGAUCAAUCUGAUCUACCUCUGCUCCGCCAUCUUCGAGCCUUAUCUCCCAGCAACUUGCGCGUCGAUACGGAAACAGCUUGACCGCCCAUUCUUGCAGAUCCCUUCCGAAGAAGACAUUGCCAAUGGUUGGCUCCCCACCUAUAUCAGACCAGGCCACAAGAUCGGCAAGGCGGAGUACCUCUUCAGCAAAAUCGACGAGAAGAAGGCGGAUGAGUGGCGUGAGUACUUUGGCGGCAAUCAAGCGGAAAGGGAGAAGAAAAAGAAAGAAGAAGCGGAGGCAGCUGCGAAGAAAGCGGCCCAGAAAGAAAAGACAAAGGCGAAGAAAGCGGCCCAAAAAGCUGCGGCUGCGGCGGGAGCUGGAGGCGUUGAGAAGAGCGCGAAAGGAGGCGAGGAAGGAAAAGAACUGGCCAAUGGAGUUGCUGACGUCGGAGAGGACGCGGCAGUUGCGAAGGUCGUCGAUGGCGUUGCUCAAGUAACAAUACCGACGUCCUGA